GUGAAUAACCUCUUCCUUCCUUUGUAGAAACCUAACAGUCUAACCUUCCCGACCAGUCACUCGGUGGCAACAGCUCGCUCCUCCCAUCUCAACUUCCUCCCCAUCCAUCUCGCAAGUCACAGGUUCAGACGAAGGUCCAGCCACCUUAAAAGCUGGGAACUCCUCAUCCAUGCCAUCUAGAGCAGCAAUCUUGGAAGACGACCUAGUAGCUCUUGCCGUGGAAGAUUCUGCCUUCCCCUGUUUCUUUUUUGCCAUUGUAGGAUAAUAGCCGCAACGAAACGGCGAUGAACAGUGCUCCAAGUCGGCAAAUCUGGUUUAAGGCUAUCCAACCUCUCCCGUCACCAGAACAAAGUCCUGAUGUGCGUCUGAGCAAGGCUGCACAUAUUACUUUAGAUGCUCACAGGGAUACCAUUCCAAUUCUCAGCUAUGCAAUUUCGAGCUCCUCCACCUCUCUUUCCAUCUCAAAUGGUAAACCUUGUUUAUCUCUAAUCAAUUGCUUAUUGUUAUUAUCUUAUUAUAACUCAAUGCUAACUAUAUAAGGAGACAAGGAGUUCUAGCUGCGCUGCUAGUCUGCUAGUGUCUAUGUUUUACUAAAAGAAAGAUGUAGUCUUAGCUUAUAUUGAUGGACUGCACUUUUGGUUAUCAGUGGGUUGAUAAGGAAGGAAAGACUCCCCUGAUUUUGGAUUGCGUGAAUCCCCAGCUUUAUAAUGUUGCAAGUAUUUUAAUCGAGUUGGGUGCAAAUGUAAAUGCUAGAUCAUCAUGCUUCUUCUGCUAACCUAUUUCAAAAAAAACAUAAGAGGGGUUAAUUUUAGUUUUAGAUCCAUUCUACUAUACUUUGUUAUUGUUCUCCAACCCAUAACAAUUACUUUUCAUUUAGUGCUAUUAUCUAAGUGUUUGGACUUGUGAUUUUUAAGUAUGGAUAUCCAAUUGAUUUCUAAUUGCUUAAAGUUUUUCUCUAAUGACAACAUGGUUGUUCUAUGUAUUUUCUAGUGAAAUCAUCGAAUGGUUAGAUUUGAGUUGUCAUAGCACAUAAGGGUAAUGUAAAUGUAGUAGUUUAAUACUCCAUUUUAGUGUAAUCUUGUCCAACUUUGAUUUUUUUUUAUAGAAAGUGCAGUUUCAAAGUCGAAGAACUUAUAUUAUUGAGGUAUGUGGUGUCAGUAGAUGCAUUUUUGUUUUUCCUGUACUAUGUUAUAAUAAUGUUAAUCUAAACUUGUAGAACAUUUUAACAUAUGAGGAUGAACUAACAGCAGGGUAAAGAAGUUUUAAACAUGCAUCUUGGGAUCAUGUAGAACGUGGAAUUAUGAUAUCCAAGAACAGGACUAUCCAAUACACGGUUGAUGACUUCGCUAAAUACCACAUUGCAUGUAGUAAGUAUCCCUCCUUAGACCCUGUGAGUGGUGAUGCUGAAAAGGAAUACUGGAGCCAGGUUUGUGGUGGUCAGGAGAGAUGAGGAGGCAAUUAUAUGGGCUAUAAAGGAAGAGGAGGCAAAUUCAGAGGUGGGAAGCACCCCCCCCCCCCACGAAACCGGGAUAGCAAUAUCAGGUGGGCCAAACAAAUCUCAGAAGGUUAGGGCCUGAUACAUACGAGUGUAUCUGCUUCUAUCACGAGGAUGAGGUUGGCAUACAUUAAAUCAUCUAUUUCCAAUCCAAGUUAUUUCACCGUUCUGGUUCGUGGGGUCCCAUGGUCUGAAGAAGAAGCAUACAGUGAGAUGGUUGCAAAAUUCUUCACAGAUUAUUAUGCAUCAAGUUAUUUGUCUCACCAAAUCGUAUACCGGUCUGGUGUUGUUCAGAAACUGGUGACUGAUGCAGAAAAAGUGUAUAGGAUGUUAAAACCUGGACAGCAUGGGGCUAGUCUCUUGAGGUGUGGAAUCUGUGGAGGAAAGUCAGCAUCUUUCAAGGUUCUUUCUACCGAUUCAGAAAUCUUAGGAAUGUGCAGCUGCAUUAGUAUUUUUUUUAGAACACGGUAUGCUGCUUUGAUUGCUUCACAGGGAAUUAAGUCUCCAAAUCCAAUGUUAUGGGUGACAGAUCUUGCCCCAGAACCAAGAGACAUGUACUAGUCAAACAUUUGCGUGCCUUAUAGGCUUCUUUGGAUCCGUAAAAUAAUUAUUCUAAUGGCAUCCAUUUUUUUUGUCGCCUUCUUCCUCGUCCCGGUUUCCCUAACAUAAGGCCUCGUCCACCUCGACAAGCUUCAACACACAUUUCCAUUCCUGAGAGGCGCAUUGAAGAGGAAGUUCAUAAUUCAACUCGUGACUGGAUAUCUACCCAGUGUUGUCUUAAUAUACUGUUUUCUUACCUCGCCCCACCAUUAAUGAUGCUGUUUUCCACAAUGGAGGGCUCCAUUUCCCGAAGCGGGAGAAAGAAGAGCACUUGCAUUAAGAUCUUGUACUUCAUGGUUUGGAAUGUGUUCUUUGCACAGACGAUUUCGGGGUCGGGAAAACAGUGAGUCCCUUUCUUCAUUCCGGUUAGCCCCUUUCUUUAUUUCAUUUCUGUUGAUACAAAAAUCAAACUUGCUUUUCUUCAUUCCGGUUAGUCCCUUUCUUUAUUUCAUUUCUGUACUACUCGACACAUGUUUAUAAUAAAUUCUCUCUAUAGUUUGCACAGAUUCUUAUAUUAUUUAUCGAUUUUAUCCUUAAGCUAAAAGUUUGUGGAGGCAGAUUACACUACAGGUCUCAUGUGCUCCUAUUAUUUUCAUGUAUAUGCUCCAUCUAGGUUGUUCUCGAGGCUGUCUUCUUCAAAGAACUUAAUGGUUAGAGCAGAGCAUAAACUGAUUUUAAAACAUCAGGUUAAUGUAAUCAUGCGAGUUGUACUGAUGCAUAUAAUCAAUAUAAGCACCCACUAAGGAAUUGUCACAUAUUACUUCAAUCAAUUAAAUGAUUCUGAACUUAAUGACUUGUUUUCUUAAAUUCAUGUUUAUUAUGUUUGAACUUUUAUGUUUUUGACAUCGCUCUGUAUCUUUAUAUGCAGGUGGGGAGAAGAAGAAUUAGAGUUAAGGAGAUGAAUGCAACGCUCUUGAUCUUUUGGCAUUUUGUCCGCCUUGUAGUAUUUGUGUAUUAGCACUUUUUUAAUUAUUCUGGUUGUCGUUUGACUUCUCCUUUUUACUUAUUUAGUUUUAGGGUAUACCAUUCACCAUUGUGAAUUAUGUACAUUUACAAUUGUAAGGAAUGAUGAUUUAAAUUUAAUGAAAAUAUUUGUUUGAUGUUUUGAUUAUU